AUGGCGUCCAUGGAGCGCGAACACUCGCAGGACCGCGAGCUGGUCCGCCACCACGGCUCCUCGUUUUCGUCCACAGACCGCUCGAUUCCCAUGUGGGACAGCGCAGACCCAGACCGAGCCCCGCCGCCGCUGCCGCUCAACCCCGGCUCGCCCACGCUCACCACCCGUCCCAACACAUCGGCCGCCAUCAUGCGCGCAGCAAAGGCGCUCGAGGACAAGGCGCGCGAGAGCCUGCCCACGAGCUCCUACACCACCAACCCCAUGCCCUCGCGCUCCCCCGAGCGCUCGCUGAUCAAGGGCAACCAGCACAAGCGCAUGCAGUCGUUGCAGCCCAGCGGCGUCCGCGACCUCCGAACCUACCUCGACACACACAAGUCGCCCGACCGGUCGCCCGACCGCCCCCAGACCCGCGACGGCUCCCGUUCGCGCGAGGCCGAGCGAGACUACUUUGGCAAGGACAUGGACGCCCGCUUUGGCCAGUGGGGCACGCCCUCGCCCCCCAACCCCUACGACCUCGCCCACACGCCCACCACGCGGCCCAGCCAUCGCGCCAUCCUGGGCGAGAACACACCACCCUCGGCCACGAUGAAGGCCCUGCAGACCAUGACCAUUCCUCCGCACAUUCUUGACCCUCCCCUCCAGACCACCACCAACGCGUCCACGCCCACGCCCGCGCCAGCGCCAGCGCCAGCGCCAGCGCCAGGACAGCCUCUCGACUCCAUUUCUACACAGCUCCUCAGCAUCGCAAACAUCGUCUCCAGCUUGCAAAAGGACAUGUCCCAGCUCAGCCGUCGGAGCAAGGACAACGCCACCGACCUCAUCAGCCUGAAGGAAGCCACCAACAGCCGCGACGAGGACAUUCGCCAGUCGCUCAAGGACCUCCUCAGCUCCAUGAGCGAGAAGCAGAAGGCGACUGCCGCUGCCGCCGCCGCGGUAGAAGAGGCCCGCUCCGCGCCCCUGAACCUCCACGACCCCCACAUGACACCGACCAAGCAGUUCACCUUCCCUCGCAUGUCUUCGCCGAGCGCUUGGGCAGACGAGAGGAUGGGCAGCCCCAACCCAUACUCCGUCGAGGGCGCCGCCAGCGUAGCCAUGCUGGAGAAGAUCAUCCGCGAGAUGGUCACCAAAGACGGGCAGGAGCGCUUGAUUGCGACUCUCCAGCUCAUUGUCGACAAGGCCAACGGCGACACGGCAAAGAAGGUGUCCGAGCUGGUCGAGUUUGUCAAGCAAGGCUCUGCUGCCAGCAACCUCGCUCCUCCAGGCUCGGCCUCUUUCCAGCCAUCCCCUGGAUCGGGUGCGCUCACACGAACCCUCUCCGACACCUACACAAGUCCCAAGGCAGCCGACUUCGUCAGCGAAGAGAUGCUGACCUACCUCCGCAAGAUCAAAGACACGGCCGCCGAGUCGGGCUGCGUGACCAUGGCCACCAAGUCGCUCGUCCAAGACCUGCGAGGCGAAGUCCUCGGCAUGGGUCGAGAGCUCGCUCGCAAGAUUGAAGAGGCCGAGCAAGCCAAGGCCGUAGAGCCACACGCCGACCCAGAGCAGACAACCCAAGAGAUCAACGCCAUCAUCCAGGCAGGCCUCGACGACCUCAAGGAGCACAUGGACAAGGUCAUGCGCGAACGACGACGGCAAUCCAUGUCUUCUGUAGUCACUCGCGGGACUGUCGAUAACAACGAGGUCUACGACGUCGUCAAACACGCACUGGCAGAGCGUGGUCUCGACCAGUACUCUGCCCAGGGCGCACCCCUCGACAAAGAAGCCAUCGUCGCCGCAAUCCGCGAAGCGUACGACAGCGUCGAGAUGAAGCCGAACGUCGAGAUCCAGCAGUUCGGCCUGGAACGGGAUGAGAUCCUGCAGUGCCUUCGCGACGGUCUGCAAGACUACCACGGGUCCGGCGCCGUCUCCAAGGAUGACAUUGCCGACAUGAUCCAGGACUCGCUGCAGCAGCUCCGCCUGCCUCCACCCGUCAACGAGGCCAACGAGAUUCGCGAGGAAAUCCUCAUGGCCGUUCGCGACUCGCUCGAGGAGCUGAAGCCGUCUCUCGUUCCUCAGCAGCCUCAGACGGAUGGCCUCUCGCGCGAUGUACUCCUAGACGCUAUCAAGGAAGCCCUCUCCACACAUGAAUUCGGCCCUCAGGAGGUUGAGAUCCCUCAAGAGGCGCUGUUCGACGCUGUCAAGGCUGGCCUGGAAGCGUCACAGCCUGAUGUCGAUGCCAACAACGAGGUCAUUGUCCAGCGCAUCCAAGCUCUUGUCGACAGCAUACACACCGAGUUCAAGGACUACUCAGCCGCCAACGGACGCGACACUGAGCAGGUUCUGGAUGCGCUUCGAGAUGGUCUGGACAGGCUCGGGGCCGAGCUCCAAGGUCACUUCGACAAGGCUCCUGACGCACACCAGCAAGAUCUCAUUGUCGAUUCUUUCCGCGUAGAGCUGGACAAGCUGCGCGAAGACGUGCAGGGCUACGUUGCUGAAGGUCCCCGUGGAGAUCAGGAGUGGAGCCGUGGCGACAUGGUCACCUUUAUCAAAACCGAGCUUGAGGUUCUCCACGAGGGCCUGAGCGCCAAGCUGGUCCCGGCCUCUGACGACAAGGAAGAGCUGCUGGCAGCGCUCAAGGCUGGGUUCGAGCAGAUGAAUUCUCAGGUCGCUUUGCGUAGCGAAGAUGCUGAUUCGAGCGAUGAUAUCAACGAAGCCUUGAAGCACGAAUUCGACCAACUGAAAGAAGUCAUCCUUGGAGACACCGCAGGCCACAAGAACGAUGUCCUUGAGAAGCUGGAAGCCGGAUUGGACGGACUUCAGGUCGGGCUACGCGAAGCUACUGCUACAUCAACACCCAAUGACGACCUCCUUGCCGCCAUGAAGGAAGAGUUUGAGCAUCUGCGCGAAACCAUUGGUGGUUCGCUCAUGAAAUCCGGUGGCGCCGACAAGGACGACAUCAUCGAUGCUCUUCGGGAGCUCGUAGAGGGUCUGCGCGCAGCUCACGACACCACUUCCAAGGAGAGCGUUACCGUUCUGCAAGCUGAAAUAGGAGCACUGAAGGAGUCACUCGGCGGCGCACUUGUUCCUGCUGGUGACGACGACAACAACAACAAAGCAGAGAUCCUCGAUGCUAUCAAAGCCAGUCUCGACGAGCUCAAGGCGUCAUCCGCAUCUGCGAGUGUCAACGAAGAACUCCUCGAGGCUUUCCGUGGAGAACUCGAGCAGAUCCGCCAAUCAGAUGGCCUCACUCGCCAGCACGGACGAGCCGACACAGAGGAAGUGUUGGAGGCAGUACGCCUGGGACUCGAUGAUCUCCAAUCGCACAUGGAGAAGAAGCUUGAUGGCCCUCGAGAUGGCUCCUCGUCGGGCGAGAUCAUGGACGCCCUGAACGAUGGACUCGAAGGCCUGCGAGCAGACGUGGCCACUCUUGCCAACAAGCCUGUUGAUAUGACUGUGUCAUAUGAGAUCCUCGAUACACUCAAAGAAGGCCUGGCAGCUUUGCGCGAAGACGUUGCUCUUCUCAAGGGCACGGCUUCAGCGCCGUCUCCAGCGCCAGACGUCGAGAUCGAGGUCGAGGUCGAUGCUGCUCCUGCUGGAAAUGAGAUGGUGCUUGCUGAAGUUCCUGGCGAUGGUCCAGCCGGAGAUCGCGAGAUUCCGGACGAGCCAGCGGCCGAAGAGACCGUGACGGAGGUUGAAGAGACCACAAGCCGCGAGGUCGUUCCCGACUCUACACAGCGCGACGAUGUGGAGAAGAUGGAGUUCAUCCUGUCUCAAAUCCACGCGAAGAUAGAAGCCAUGGACGCCAACAUCCAGGCCCCUGCUUCAGCUUCCGAAGCAGCCGCUGCUCCUGGAACUGCCAUGAAGGACGACCUUGUCUCUAUCGAGGGCAUGCUGCAGGAAGUUCAAGCGGCCGUUCUCAUCUUGCAGGAGCGUGAUACCCCUCCGCCGAUUCUCGAGGGCUUCGCCAAGAAGGAAGACACCGACGCCAUUGAGACGCUUCUUGUCAACACGAAGGCCAAGAUCGAGGAGCUUGUCUUCCCCGACCCGGCCACUGCCGUCACAAAAGAGAAUCUGGAAGAUGUCGAGCUGGUUGUACGAACCACAUCAGAAGCCUUGGACGCUCUCGCCAAGAAGAUUGAAGAGGAAGGAGCUACCAAAGCGGAUGUGACGGUCGUUCAGGUCAUCGCCGACGACAUCAAGACAGCCCUCGACGAGAUGAAGGCAGCGAAGCCAGACGAUGAAGCCGAUCCAAAGGCCACCAAGGCGGAUGUCGAUGCGGUCUCCCUCCUCGUCGACGAUCUCAAGGCUAAGCUCGACGACAUGAAGAUUCCCGAUCCUGAAGAGAUCCCGUCAAAGGCCGACAUGGAACAACUGACUGGCCUCAUCCAUGAGUUCCGCGACAGUCACGAGAAGAUGAAGGACACCUACGAAGAGGACAUCCUCAAGACGGCGAACAACUUCGACGAUCGUCGCAAGGAAGCUGAGACUCUUGUGGAGAACAUCGCAGAAGUCAAGAUCGCUCUGGACACGAUGAAGGAGGAAAUCUUGACAAACUUCAACGAGGGUGGACCCAUUGAAGGCUUGAAGACGUCCUUUGCUACGCUCGAGGAGACCAUUGGCGCAAACAACGUCACUGCUGACGUCAAGGAGCUGAUGGAGACGUUGGCUCGCGAAUUCGAGCGUGCUCACGGGUCCAUUGAGGGUCUGCAGAACGGUCACGCUGAGCAGUCUGCGCUUCACCUCGAGAAGCAUGACCAAGUCAAGGGCGCCAUUGUUGCCGACUUCACUGAGAAGUUGGACGACAAGUUCAACGUCCUGAUGGCCAAGUACGACGACGCUCAGCUCCUUGCUGACGAACAGGCCCGAGUGAUGAAGGAGAAGGCCGAGGAGCAAGAGAAGAUCUUGGAGACCACAAAGACAAUGGCCGACGAGCUGCGCUUGACCAUCGAUACGCUUGGCGCUACCAUCGCCGGCAUGAACGAGCGUUUCGAAGAGCACCAGACGAAGAUGGGUGCUGACUCGGCCACCGCAUUCGAGAAGCUGGAUGGCUCGCUGGAGAAGAUCGACAGCGCUGUUGCCAAGUUCGAAGAGCAGAAGCUUGAGGACAAGUCCGAGCACUCUCACACCCGUGACGAGCUGAAGAACAUCGAGAACAUUUUCGUCGGCCUGCAAGACGAGAUCACCGAGCACAACCCCAAAUUCAUGAUGGCCCUGCGCGAGAUUGAAGCGCUCGUCAAGGCGCAUUACGACCACGCCCAGAAGUCAAAAGAGGAGGCUGAUGAGCACACUCGGGCUAUGCAUGAUGAAGCCAAGGCACGCUCUGAGGAGAUCCAGACCCACUUCGCAAACCUUCCUAAGCUUCUACCUGCUCCCGCUCCCGAGCCGGAGAAGUAUGACGAUGCUCCCGUCCAGGAGAAGCUCGACAAGCUGCUCGCCAUUGAGCCCUCGGCUGCAUACGACGAUGCAGCUGUUCAAGAGAAACUGGACAAACUCAUUGGCCACGCAGAUGAUGCGGCCAAGGCUGCCGGUCAGCUUGAGCGUCUCGACGAAAUCCACGCUCAGGUCAAGGUGACAGCUGUUGAAGUAAGCGAGUUUGUCGCCAAGCAGACUCAGCUCACCCUCGAGGGCAACGAGUCGAAGGAGCGUGAAGCGGAGGAGCUUGCUUUGCUUGUCGAGCGCCGCUCGGCUCAGAAGGAACAGCUUGAGGCCGACCUCGAGAAUCUCAAGGUUGAGAAGGGUGCCUACAAGGAGCAGCUUCACGCCGAGCUCGAUGAUCUGAAGGCCGAGAAGGACCAUGUCCUCCAAGAGCUGAAGGAGGAGAAGGCACGUGUCAUGGCUGAGCUGAGGGAAGAGAAGGACCGCACAAUGCAGGAGCUCAAAGAAGAGAAGGACUCCCUUCUUGCAAUCGUCGCCUCUCUCCAGGCGGAGCGCGAGAACCUUGCCAACCAGAAGGUCCGACUCACCGGUGAGGUGUCGUCGCUGCACACCGCGCUCGACAUUCGCCGUGAGGAGCUGCACAUGAUGGACGCCAAAGCAGACGCACUUGAGCGUCGCAUCCUGAACGGCAUCAUGGAUCACUCUCGGGCUUUGAUGAUUGCCAAAGGUUCGAAUAGUCCUAGCAAGCUGAAGAAGCGCAUGAGUGUCGAUGCUGGUGCGGAGCGAUCGUUGCCUCCCAGCGCAACCGCCAACGCGGUCAACAUGGCGCUCAAGCCUCGCCCUGCUAUCCGUCGCAGUGCACCCAACAGCUCCGCGGAUCGCCGCAUCUUCUCCCUGGGCCAGAUCAGCGGCAACGCUCCUCCUGCGGCGAAGACUCACCUCGCACCCACUACGGCCAACACUAGUGGUGGUCUCAAGCGCGCCCAUUCCGUCAAGACGAGCCCACGCAAGUCAUCCUGGAACAGUCGCCCCAGCGCCGUUGUGGCGAACAAGGAGAACGCUCCACUUCCGGAGGAAGAUGAGACUGAGACUGAGGCUCACGCACCAGCAUCGGUUGCUCCUCCAUCCGUUGUGGAAGAUGUAGUGAGCGAGGCGGGCACUGAGCGUCGUUACAGCGUCGCCAGCGAGUCCAACUACGCUGAGAGCUAUGCCGAAGGCGAGACGCCCGGUGACGAUGGUCGCUCGAACUGCGGCAGCGAGUACACGUACGGCUCUGGCUCUUACAUGAGCGGUAGUGAUCUCGACCGCCGCACCUCGUACGGUUCCACAAUCGCGCGCCCUACUGCUCCCGCUGAGAGCGCCGUUGACGGUGCCUCGGAGUCGGAGUCGGAAGAGGAAGAAGACGAUGAGCAAACUGCCAAGCUCGACGCCUCAGAGAUCUCGGGCGUCACCGGUUCCGAGCUCUCUGAUGUCACGGCCUCUGAGGUCUCUGAGAUGCCUAUGCCCACCGAGUCAGCCAUUGACCGUGCGGUAGCCGCCGUGGCAGAGGAGAUGAAGGAGAACCCCGAGAACUUUGCACCCACAGACUCGGGUCUGGGUACCGAGCCACCCACGGCCAACCUCACGCACGGCGAGCUGGUCGACGCAGACUACUUCCGCAGAGCGGCUGAGGAGGAGAGCGUACUCGGAAGCACCGUCGGUUGA